ACGUGAAAUAUCUGUGCACAUUAUACUCGGACGUUCCUGCAAACACAGUAAGGUCACCCAUCUUUCCUCCCUGUAAGAAACUUCCUGAUCACUAGUGCUGGAGGGUGGAAAUGGAUAAUAAAUUCUUUAACCAUAUGAACGGAGAUCCCUCUCAGGAAUCCAGCUACAUUGAAGAAAGCAAGGCCCAGAACGAUGCAAUCUCCUUGAUUUUCUCCCUCAAAGAAGAAGUUGGAGCUUUGGCUAAAGUGCUACGCAUAUUUGAGGAGAAGGGGAUAAACCUGAUCCACAUUGAAUCCAGACCUUCCCGGCUGAACAAAGAUGAGUACGAAUUUUUCAUCAAUCUGGAAAGCAAGAACAUCCCAGCUCUUGAGGGAAUCAUCCAUACACUGAGAGACGACAUUGGAGCAAAUGUCCACGAGCUUUCGCGUGAAAAGAGGAAGGAUGCUGUUCCAUGGUUCCCAAGAACUAUUAAAGAACUGGAUAGAUUUGCCAAUCAAAUUCUCAGCUACGGAGCAGAACUGGAUGCCGACCACCCCGGUUUCAAAGAUCCUGUUUACCGCGCCAGAAGAAAGGAGUUUGCUGAUAUAGCUUACAACUAUAGACAUGGGCAGCCAAUUCCCAGAGUGACAUACACUGAGGAAGAGAAGAGAACAUGGGGCACAGUCUUCAGGGAGCUGAAGACCCUGUAUCCCACCCACGCUUGUUAUGAACACAAUCAUGUCUUCCCUCUCCUGGAGAAAUACUGUGGCUAUGAGGAAGACAACAUCCCGCAGCUGGAAGAUGUCUCAAACUUCUUGAAAAGCUGCACUGGAUUCCGCCUGCGCCCUGUAGCUGGCCUGCUGUCUUCUCGGGAUUUUUUGGCUGGCUUGGCUUUCAGGGUGUUUCACUCUACUCAAUACAUCCGCCAUUCAUCGCGGCCAAUGUACACGCCAGAACCUGAUGUUUGCCACGAACUCCUAGGACAUGUCCCUCUGUUUGCUGACCCCAGCUUUGCUCAGUUUUCUCAAGAAAUCGGAUUGGCUUCCCUGGGUGCUCCAGAUGAAUACAUUGAGAAACUUGCUACGGUUUAUUGGUUUACUGUGGAAUUUGGACUGUGUAAAGAAGGCAAUGAGAUAAAGGCAUACGGAGCAGGGCUUCUGUCGUCAUUUGGAGAAUUACAGUAUUGCUUAUCAAAUAAGCCUGCCGUUGAACCUCUCAAUUUGGAAAGGACAGCAGUUCAAAAAUAUCCUGUCACCGAAUUCCAACCCAUUUACUAUGUUGCUGAAAGUUUCAAAGAUGCAAAGCAAAAGUUAAGGAAAUAUGCCUCAACAAUUUCCCGUCCGUUCUCCGUCCGUUACAACCCGUACACUGAACGGAUUGAAGUUCUGGACAACACAAAACAGCUCAAGAAUUUAGCUGAUGCCAUCAGCAAUGAGUUGGGACUUCUUUGCAACGCUCUCCAGAAGAUCAAGUGAAGAUGCUCUCAGAUGCCUUUUGAUGGCUCCAAGAGCCACGGGGGACGGGACUGGACAGUGAAACAAAUAUCAAACUUUUAAAAAACAAAUGAAGAAAGUCUGCCAAUAAUUAAUAGCAUGUAGAAAUGUGAUACAUAUUUAAUGUGCUUGUCAUCACAGUUAUAAUAAAGGCAGGUGACAGUUUAGAUGUCUGUAAUCUAGAUUUAUAUCAUAUGGCACGUGCAAAAGGUCUCAGCAAGUUCCCCCACAAAAAUCCACAUCCAUGAAUCUCAUGGGAGGUUUCAUGGGGGGGGGAGGGGUUGGCUCCUGAAGAGAAAUGGGAAGAGCUCCGAGAUAGAGUGGGACAACCUAGGAGAGGAUCCUAGCAGGAUGGGGGAGGUGAAACUGGGACCCUAAGAAGUGUCUGAGCCUGGGAAGGGGGCCAGUGGCCUAGGGAAUGGAGAGCUGGCUCCAGGGGCCGAGUGGGUUAACAGAAGAAUCUUCCACCCUGUGCUAUUGGACACCCCUAGUACAUAAGAAUAUAAGAGCAUCCUGUUCUCACAGUAACCAACCAGAUGCCUUUGGGAAGCCUGGAACUAGAAUUCAAGGAAAAGAGCACUCUCCCCUCCUGUGGUCUCCAGUGACUGGUUUUCAGAAGGAUUGCUGCCUCCAAGAGUGGUAUCUUCUGCUGUGGGGCCACCCCCAGGUGCCUCCUCCUAGGAGUGAGGAUCCCCCUGCACCUGGGGAGGCAACUGAGAGUAGAUCAGAUGUUGAGGUGGCACGGACAAACUUUGCAGACCCAACCAAUUGGAAGGAAAGCCUGUUUGCUUCCCUAUUCCCAGGACUCUGGCCACUUGCCACACUCAGAGCUGAAUCCACUCUGCUCUUCAAAAGGAAGUUGCAGAGGGCAUGUUGCUUGUUGGAUCAGCCAUCUUAGCAUGCACUUAGUCAUGCUAUACCUCUUAUGUACCUACUGCAUCUUAUAACUUGUGCCUUCCCUGUGAACCGAUCUGAUUUAUACAUUAAAGUCUUGGGAAGAAACACAGCUGGGAAUGCAAGUGGAUCUUUUGGCAGUGAAGGCCCAGACAUAUCCUGCCCAAAGUCCUUUGUUUUGUUGUUUAAGGUGCCGCCCACCUCCAUCCAGGAGUUCACACACAAAGCAUGGCAGGGGGUGUUCUCCUAAUUUAUUUUCCGCCAUCCACUUUCAGAGCCAGGAUGCCUGUGAAGGCCAGUGACUGGGAAUGGCAUGUGGGCAGAGCACUGUUGUGCUCAUGCCCUGUCUGUGGGCUUUCUAAGGGCAUCUGCUCAACCACAGUGAGAGCAGAAUGCUGGACUAAAUGGGCUCCUGUCCUGAUCCAGCAGGCUCUUCUUGGGUCCUUAACCUGUUUGCAGCUUCAUACAGUUUAUUUUUCUUCUUCGAAAUGACAAUCAAUAAAUUGCUAGGUAAUACACAGCUAUAGCCUCACCUGCAACUUUUAUUUCUCUCAGCUUUUACUUUUUUAAAUUACUUUGCGUUCUUGUUUGUUUGUUUAUAUCGUCGUUUAAAGCUGUUUGCAAUGAUAUGCUAAAGCUGAUUAUAUGGUUUUGAACAAUCAAUAAAUUACAAUUUUUAAAAACCCAUGAAGCAUUAGAGA